CAAAGUAUAAAUCCGCUGAAUUUAAUACCUGCCAAAAUUUCCAGUUAUACAGUAUAUGUUAACUGAAAACAAAUCUUAUGCUGACACCUCCCGUCAUGUCAAAGUUUGUAGAUGGCGCUAUGCAUCUGACUGGUGACUUUUAAGCGUGCAUAUUUUUGGAUGUUUGUUCUUAUUACAAUGGAUCGGUGGUUGGUUAGUGCAUAAAUAAAUAAAUAAAUAAAUAAGCAGUGACAUACCGAGUAGCCGCAGGCAUGUUGGAUUUUUUUUAUUUUUAUUUUUUUUUAACCAGUAUAUAUAUGUGUGUGUGUGUGUGUGUGUUGCAGAGGGGGAGCGUCGCCGUAGUUAAGUACCACAGACAAGAGGAAUGGGGGCGCGGCUCUCAAGAAUGGAAGCCAGCCAUCAGUCUAGCAGCCAUUGACUGUGCAGACAAGAAGAACCGGAUAUCCUGCGCCCACUUUGAAGUCAACAGAUAUCCCACUUUGAAGUUCUUCCAGGCUUACUCAGAGAGCGGGUCUAAAGGAGAGGUGCUUCAAGACACGUCCAGCAGUGCUCCAAAGCUGCGUCAACUAAUCAUUGAUCUGCUGGAGAGCCAUGUGGAGGCGUGGCCCCCAGCGUGCCCACCCCUCGAACCGGCCAGUGCAGCGGAGCUGAGUGACUUUUUCAAGACGAGCAGCGAGCAGUACCUGGCUCUUGUUUUUGAGGAAGCUUCCUCUUAUGUCGGCCGAGAGGUGACCAUGGACCUGCUUCAGUAUGAGAAGAUCGCUGUGCGCAGGGUCCUGCGCUCUGAAGAGGCUCUGGUCUCCAAGCUGGGAGUCACACACUUUCCAUCCUGCUACCUCCACUUCCCCAAUGGGACUUUCUCCCGGCUCAGCGUACAUGUGGAGGCACGCUCGUUUUACAUAUACUCUCUGCGGAUGCUGCCGGGGGUGGAGCGGGGAGGAUACAAGCCAGUCAUGUCUCUGGCACCUGAGAGGAACACCACGGCUGAUGAAUGGAGACAGUUUGACAGGUCGCGAGUGUACAUGGCAGAUCUGGAGUCCUCUUUGUAUUACUCCCUGCGUGUGGAGGUGGGGACUCACAGCACCAUCUCAGGGGAGCCACUCAGCGCACUCAAAGCUUACAUCACUGUGUUGGUCAAGUACUUCCCUGGCCGGCCGGUGGUAAUGAAGCUCCUGCACUCCCUGGAGUCCUGGCUGAAGAGCCGUGAUGACCCUGAGCUCCAGUACACUGCUCUGGAGACAGUGCUGGACAAUGAAGUGCAGACCCCGGAUGCUGCUCUCCCUGAUGCUUGGAGGUGGGUGUCCUGCCAGGGGAGCCAGCCUCAGUUCCGAGGAUACCCCUGCUCGCUCUGGACCCUCUUCCACCUGCUCACAGUGCAGGCAGCCCACAGCACACACACCCCAGUCCCAGAUCCCCUGGAGGUGCUGCAGGCCAUGCAUGGGUACAUCCAGCACUUCUUCAGCUGCCGGGAGUGUGCUGCGCACUUCAAGAGCAUGGCGGCCGAGACAAUGAGCCGAGUGGACAGCCUGCCCAGAUCAGUGCUGUGGCUCUGGUCCCGGCACAACAUCGUCAACAUCCGCCUUGCAGGUGCUCCAAGUGAGGACCCCAAAUUCCCUAAAGUUCUGUGGCCGCCCCCUGAGCUGUGCCCUCAGUGUCAUGGUGAGUUGAAAGGGGAGCAUUUCUGGAAGAUGGAUCGCAUCCUGGAAUUCCUCGAAGAUUAUUUCUCCCCAGAUCGCAUACUACAAGACUAUCUGGAGGGGGAAGAGGAGCUGCUAACUAGGCAGAGAGCGAAGCUAGCUGCCAGGAAGGAAGAGGCAGCCAGGGUGGUGGUGCGGAAAGCUAGAGGGGCACAAGAGGCGGCUGGAGGACAGGUGACAGACAUGGGGAGAGGGGAACCAGAGGCCGAUGAGGGAGAAGAGGAGGGUGAAGAGGAAGGAGGAGAGAUGGGGAAUCAGGAAGAGGGGGGAGUGCAAGAAGAGACAGCUAACCAUGUACCAUGGGAGAACCCUGAGCUCCCGAGGAAUCACAAGCCCAGCAUCAUCAACAUGAAGCAGAGAGAGAUGGAGGAAGACAUCGUGGAUUUAGACUCUUUUGUUGACCAGCAUUAUAAAAGCAAAGCCCUCCGCGCUCACAAGAGAUCCAUCCAAAAAAGAGAAGACAAACGCAGGCCUCUGCAGAUCCAGCCAGAGAAUUCGGAGGCAGGGGAUUAUGGGGUGGUUCAAAGCCACCGGAAGAAACGCGGUCUGGGGUACGUGAUGGCCAGGGAGGUGCCCCUCCAGAAGCAGCACUGGCUCUCCAUGCUCAGUGUGGGCUUCUCCAGGUUGGACAUCAGCUUGUGUGUCCUGCUGUACUUCCUGUCAUCUAUGUGCCUUCUGGGAAUGUACCUGUUCUUGAAGAUGAGGCUGCGUAUGCCCAGAGGGAAGUUCACCCUACCAUGAAAGCCACCCCUUUGAUUGUCAUUAAUGGAUUGUUCCAAGUGCCUUGGGGAGUGAUGAGGGUCAAGUAAACUGCAAAUGGGAAAGGGGUCCAAUGGGCACAACGGACACCAAAAUGUUUUGUUGAUAUUUGUUCUAAAUAAUACCCGAUUUAAUAUCAAAAUUAUAAUUGCCAAAAUGUGAGACUACAAUUAAUUAAAUAAAAAAUACACGUCUUGAUAUAAAGAUUGAGUAAUUCAGUAAGUUGACUUUAAAUGUAAAAUACCAGUUAGGAAGGAAUACAUUUUUCACUGUCUUGGUAUCAACAAUUAAAUUCCCCAACAAUGUGAUUUGUUAUUAUGAAAAUUAAAAUUGUUGACAUCACUCUUGGAUUCAAAGUUUGCCACCCAAGACGACGCUUUCCUGCAGAUGGCUGCUAAAACUUGUUUCUUUCUCUAAGUUUAAGCAAUAAAAGACAUCUUGUUCAACCAAA